UGAAGAGAUCGCGAUCGUGUGUGUGAUGUGUGAAUUUGUUGAAAAUAAUAUGAUGAAACGGUUUCAUCAUAAACCUCAGUAUAUUGAGGGAAUGGAACAGUUGGUGGCAAAGAUCUCUGACGAGACGACCUGGCCAAGAAUAAGAUCACUUCGAGAACUAGGUUGGUGAUUUUAAAAGACACAAUUUAAGUAUAUUUAUUUCGUGUGCUAUGUGCCGAUUGCGUUUCGUAAUGGCCCACCGGAGAGGCGACCCAACCACGGCCGGUGAAGACGCCGUUGAACAGCUCGCCAAAGCGUCGUUGUCUCGCAAGCAUUUAACGGAGUUUCCGGACCAUGAAUUCACCGGACAAGAAGACAAAGUAAACAUCAUUGAUUUGAGUCGAAAUUCUCUCACCUCCAUACCACAAACUAUUCACGUUUACACGAAUAUAGUCGAUUUGGACAUCAGUAACAACAGGAUUACGGAAAUCCCCGGAGAAAUUGUUGGAUUGACAAAUCUUCGAACAUUGAACUGUAAAAAUAACCAACUUAAAAAUGAUUCGCUACCGAAAGAUUUCGGUGAUUUCACUGCAUUAGAGACGGUGAAUUUUGGAGGAAAUCUCAUGUUGAAUUUCCCUAUGCAACUCGCCGAAAUCACGUCGUUGAAAGCUAUUCAUCUCGGUGGAAACAGAAUUCGGCAAGUUCCACCUGAAAUAAAAAAUCUCUCCAGUCUUGAGUACCUGUACCUAGGGGGCAACCAGCUGACGAGCAUCCCAGUAGAAAUCGGUCUCCUCCAACGUCUGAAGUGUCUUAGCCUGUGUGAUAACCGCAUCGAGGUGGUACCUCCCGAACUUAUCAACCUCCGGCAACUCAAGUCGCUCAGUCUACACAACAAUCGCAUCACCACACUGCCGCUCCAGAUCAUCUCCCUGGGGGAGCUAUGCGAGUUGAGUUUGCGUGGGAACCCCUUGGUCGUACGCUUUGUGCGCGACUUGACGUGGAAGCCACCGACGCUCUUGGAGCUGUCCGGACGUGUUGUUAAGAAUCGAGGGAUUCCGUACACGCUGGAAGACCUGCCUUCAAGUUUGAUUGAGUACCUGAACUCGGCGAGACAUUGUUUGAAUCCCAAAUGCUCAGAUGUGUAUUUCAGCUCCCACGUCGAGCACAUCAAAUUUGUAGAUUUCUGCGGUAAAUAUCGACUGCCACUACUACAGUAUCUGUGCUCACCAAACUGUUCAUCUAACAGCGGCUACAGUAGCAGCAACUACACCAGCAGCAGCGAUACGGAGUCGGAAGACGAGGGAAUGGUGCCUUCUAAUAAGAUGAAGAAAGUGCUGUUAGGAUGAGUGGCGCCAUUUUCCCGAUGGUCGUUUCUAUCCUCCAUGCUUUGCAUGCCGUCCUUGGACAAUCAUGGGGCCCAAAUUCAUUGAGCUGCUUAGCACAAAUAGUUUGAGUAGCUAAGCACAAUUGUCAUACCCUCCUUCAAUAAUCCUCCUCCCCCCCCCCCCCCCCAAGGAAAAAAAAAGAUUUGUGAAUGGUUUUUGCAUGAUGACACGCUACUGCAUGUCAAAUGCAAUGACAAUUUGAUAUAGUUUUGUAAACUUCUGAUAUGGGCCCAAAUUCAUACGUAGAUGUGGAGCUGCUUAGCACAGAAUGUAGCUAAGCACAAUUGUCAAACCCUCUUUCGACGACCCUCCCCAAGGAAAAAAAAACGGUUUGUGAACAGUUUUUGUAUGAUACAUUUACUGCAUGUCAAAUGCGCAAUGAAGUUUGAUAUUGUUAUAAGGCAUCCUGAUCUGGGCCCAAAUUCAAAGAGCUGCUAAGCACUAGAGUAGCUAAACACAAGUUUCUUCUCUCCUCCACGCUAUGCAUGUCCUUCUUCGACAUUGCUGGAGCCGCAAGAAAAAAGAAAAAAAAGAGCUGUGAAUGUUUUUGUAUGAUACACGUACUGCGUAUCAAAUGCCCAAUGAAAUAUUUUGGGCCCAAAUUCAUACAUGGUAAAGAGCUGCUCAGCACAAAAAGUAACUACAUGUAAGCAGAAAUAAAUUUAUGCUAACAGGCAACCUCGGGAACAACAAUACAAACCCUCAAUCGAGUCCUCACAUUAUAUGUAACCAUUUACUGUUAAUGGUAUUGUGUGCUUAAUAUUGGUAUUUUCAAAGCUGUAUAUUAUUUAUAAGAAAGAGACUCGUAAAUUCUGUGUUUCUGGGAUGUGUAGUUUGCAUUUUCGCUGGCUCAGUGCUAGAUGGUCGUUGAUAGCAAAUUCAUAUUUUGUUAUGAUCAAAAGUUUGGGUCAUCUGUUGGUAAAUAAUCAAACAAAUAAAUGGUCAUAAAAACAUGCACUUCAGCUGUUCAAAGAAAUAUGGCUUGGAUCAUUCAAAAAUUUGAGGCUGAGAAACGAUUCUUUCAUGGAUUUACAAUGUUUGUACACCAUCUACAGUAUAGACAUUGAUAGAGUUUUUGUUUUCGACGAUGGAUGGUUCUGCGAGGGUAAUGAUAAUGUUUUGGCGUCAUCUGCGUGCUAAAUAUUGGUCACUUCAAAGCUGUACUAUUUAUUUAAAAAAAGGCAAAACAAAGACUCUUUAAUUCUGUAAUUCUGGGAUGUGUAAUUUACAUUUUGUCUGCUCAGUGCUAGUCGACUUUGAGGAAGACGUCCCUCAAUUUCUACGACAGUCUUUGGGAUGAAUCUGCUUAAAAGGAGGGAGUCUUUAUUUCGUGGGGAGGCACAAGUUAAUUAAAUCUUAUCAUUCAGUUUUCGGUAAACAUACCGGUUCUUGGAAAAUUUCAUCAGUUUUUGUUGUCACAUUGCAGGGGAAAUUGAGAGGGAUAGUUUUUGUAUGCAUGUCAGUAAUCACGCUUGAUUUGACAGAGGCAAUUAAUUUUCUUGACUAGGCAGUAUUUUAGAGGAAUAUUUGAACUUUGUGAUUUGUGACUUUUUAUGCUGAAAACUACCAAUAAUACCAUCACAGAACCAUCCGUCAUCGAAAGCUAAACAAAAAUCUUAUAUCAGGGUUUUAAACAACGACCGUUUGACUUGGCAUUCUUUUACUUUAACUCAUAAAUGUAUUUGCUAACUGCCUCGACGUUCCUGCUAACAAUGGACUAAAGAGCCAUAGGCCAGUGAAUUUGGUUUACGGCCAGUAAACUCACGACUUGAUAAGUCUGACAGUCUUAUGUUUUCUGUACAUAGUAAAGAGUAUUUGUGAUAUA